GGGCCGCCAGGCAGCGAGCGAGCGUGGAGCGAACAGCCAGCAGCAUGGAGCCGGCGGGCGGCGUGGAGAAGGGGGACAGCGGGGAGAAAGCGGGCAACGGCCAUGCGGAGGGCGCCGAGGAAAGCGGCGGAGCAGGAGGAGGAGGAGGAGGAGGAGGAGGGGGGAGGCUGAGGGGCUGCCGGGGCUUCCUGCGGCGCAACGCGCUGGUGGUGCUGACCGUGUCGGGGGUGGUGGCCGGCGUGGCGCUGGGCGCCGCGGUGCGGGGAGCGGCGCUGAGCCCGGCGCAGGUGGCUUACCUGGCCUUCCCCGGGGAGCUGCUGCUGCGCAUGCUGCGCAUGGUCAUCCUGCCGCUCGUGGUCUGCAGCCUGGUGUCCGGGGCUGCCAGCCUCGACACCCGCUCCCUCGGCCGCCUGGGGGGCAUCGCCGUCGCCUACUUCUUAGGCACCACGCUGCUGGCCUCCGGCCUCGCCGUCGCCCUCGGCUUCAUCAUCCGCCCCGGCGCCGGGGCUGCCGCCCUCAACACGCCCGGCUUGGGGCUGCCGGGCGCUGCGCCCCCCAGCAAGAAGACGGUGGACUCCUUCCUCGACCUCGUCAGAAACCUGUUUCCUGCAAAUCUCGUUGCUGCGGCUUUCCGAACGUAUGUAACAGAGUACAAGACAGUGCUCAGAAAUACUACCUCUGGAAAUGUCACGGUGGAAAAGAUCCCUGUCGGUAAUGAGAUUGAAGGGAUGAAUAUCCUGGGCCUCGUGCUGUUUGCUCUGGUUUUAGGAGUGGCGCUGAAGAAGCUUGGCCGGGAAGGAGAAGAUCUCAUUCGCUUCUUUAAUUCGUUCAAUGAGGCAACUAUGGUCUUGGUCACCUGGAUUAUGUGGUAUGUACCUAUUGGCAUUAUGUUCCUUGUUGGGAGCAAGAUCGUGGAAAUGGAAGAUAUUGUGCUCCUGGUGACCAGCCUGGGAAAAUACAUCUUCGCCUCUAUUCUGGGCCACUUCAUCCAUGGAGGAAUCAUUCUGCCGCUCAUUUAUUUUGCAUCCACACGUCAAAAUCCAUACCGUUUUCUCUUAGGACUUAUCACACCGUUUGCCACUGCCUUUGCCACUUGCUCUAGCUCAGCCACUCUCCCGUCAAUGAUUAAGUGUAUCGAGGAAAACAAUGGAGUCGACCACAGGAUCAGCAGGUUUAUCCUUCCUAUCGGUGCAACUGUGAACAUGGAUGGAGCUGCUAUUUUUCAGUGCAUGGCAGCCGUGUUCAUUGCUCAGCUGAACAAUGUUGACCUCAAUGCUGGGCAAAUCUUCACUAUUCUCGUGACAGCAACUGCGUCCAGCGUGGGUGCAGCCGGGGUCCCAGCCGGAGGAGUCCUCACCAUCGCUAUUAUCUUGGAGGCCAUUGGACUUCCGACCAACGAUCUGUCUUUGAUAUUAGCAGUGGACUGGAUUGUGGACCGAACCACCACAGUUGUGAACGUGGAAGGGGACGCCCUAGGAGCAGGUAUCCUCAAUUACCUGAAUGAAAAAGACAAGAAAGAAAAAGAGCAGGAGCUAAAAGAAGUCAGCGUAGAAGCAGUUGCUAACAGCAAGUCUGAAGAGGAGACGUCGCCGUUGGUAACCCACAAAAACCAAGUCUCCAACGCAACCAGUACAGCAGACCCUGAAUCCAAGGAAUCAGUAUUGUGAACUAGAGGCCGUUUGUUAACACACGUCCUAGAAGUGGACCGGGGACUUGUUAACGCACCUAGACGUUUGCAGUGCUAACAAGGGCUGGAUGGCUCUUGAAAGUUUUCAGUUCCAGUCUGUUUUGAAAUUUGCUGACCACGGGAAGGGGAGGGAGGUGGGUUGGGGAGAGAAGGGGCAGCGAAAAAGAACGCUGGCUUUAUAAUAGUGUUUUGGUAAUUCCCACGUGUACAUGUAUAUAUGUGUUGCAUGGACACACACAUAUACAUGUAGGGGAAAGCAAUGCCAUUUGAGACCUGUUUUUACAAGAGAUCUGUUAGUAAAGGCCCUAAUGAGUUGGAGGUGGGGAAUUAGGCAAAUCCCAAUAAGUGCUUAUUGUAGGGAGAAAUUAGUAAGCUUAUUGUGCUGCUGUUCAAAUGGAGAUGCAGUUUAGAAACUCCAGAGUGGGUGAGAAUGUUGCUUUAAUUUAGUUUCUUGCCUGGAAACACUUACUGUCAAUUACACACGGAAUAUGAAGCAACAUUUUUCUCCCACUCCGCUUCCUCUCCUGUUCUCCAGUCACUUGAAAAUGUCAAAUAGAACCUGGAAAGUAGCUUUUUCUUUUUUUCUUUUUUUUUUUUUUUCAAAGUGUCAUAUCUGAAUUAAUCACAAGGGUCCAAACCUUGUUCCAUUCCCCCGCUGCAUUGCAGCUCAUAGCAGCUUUCUUGCCUUUUGGUGAGUAAUUCCCACAUUUUGGAACCAAACGAAGGAUAUCUUAGAGCAGAUCAGGAACUGGUUUUCUCCUCCCCUCUUAGCAAGCUGUUGAGAAAAAAGUCCAGAGGAAGCACGAAUUUUGUUAAAGUAAUCCCUCUGGGGCUUGAAAAAUGUGGAGUCCAUUCCAGCAUAAAUAUGUCUAAAAGAGGCUUGCCUGUGACAUUAAGAAAGCAAGAAGUCAGUUCCCUUCAUGAAAACACACAUGCACCUUUGCUAGCACUCCAUGUCCUGCUCAUGUUUGUUUAAUGGGUCAGUCCAAACAAAUUAAGCCAUAUCCCUUUUCCGGCAAAAUUGAACAGGGGAGAAAAAAAUCUGAACACAUGUGGGAACUGACGACAGGCAGGUCUGAUUGUUGGCUUGAAAGGGGAAGAAAGGAGGUGAGUUUCUAACCUCAGUGAUCUCUGGAGCAGUUGCAUACCUGUUCCUGCCAGGAAUUUGGUCCUGCUACAAAUGUUCAGUGAUCUCUGAGUGUUAGGACAGUUGUGUACCUGAUCCUGCCAGGAAUUUGGUCCUGUUACAAACGUUCAGUGAUCUUUGAGCAUUAGGACAGUUGUAUACCUGAUCCUGCUAGAAGUUCGGUCCUGUUACAAUGUUCUUCCAGCAGCAGCUUACAUUUACUUCUGGGUGGUGCUGGGCAGGGGUAACGCUUAAUGGCAGAUGGUAAACUUUGCUUGAAGCUGAUCCAGAUGCUUCUGGAUUCUGACUCCACCUUUUUUCCUUUACCACAAACUUCCUGAUUUUGCACCCCAAACCUGAUCAAAGUCCGGCAAACAUUGCAAAGGUCCUGUUGAUUUCUCUUGGCAUUUUGGACAGCAAGUAGUUACAAAAUGAUGGCUGUGCAUACGCCAAGAUUUGCCUGGACUUGUGACACUUUCCUUUGGCUGCUUUAGCAAGAUGAGUGCAUGUGGUCAGUCCUCCACACUGUUAACUCAGUAAUAUAUAUUUACACUUAGCUUUGAUGUACAAUAAUGAUAAGUCUCCCCUUUUCUUUCUCCUCUCUUGCUUCAGAGGAAGCUAUCUUGGAAAGAUACCCAGUUGCUGAUGUUUAUGUUCACGGAACUAGGAAGAGGCAGCUCCAAUUUUAUAGCAGCAGCAGCCUUCAUUUGCAAAGCACCUUUCCUGGUAAAGGGACACAAUGAAUUUUGCAAAAAGAUGCUCAGAAUGAGAUGUGGCCACCUCUGAGGGAUGACACAGUGAGUGCGUCACGACUGGCUGUUUAACCGUGUGCUGCAGAACUAUGCAAACAAAGUAAGAAAGGAUUAGUCAGCCCACUGUGAAACUACAGGUGAAGUUUCUUUUUAACCAGCUUAUUUAUAGCCAUGUCCGCAAAGUCUGAUCAAUCCUUGGCUCAAUUUAAAAAUGGAAGAAGACAAACACAACUCUCUAGGGACAUCCUUUGGCCAAUAUUUAUUAUUUCAUUUUCAGCAGAUCAAGACCUGCUGAAACUUUGCAUUUCCUCCCAUUAGAAUCAUCCGAACUCCUUUUAACUCAGGAAACUAAAAGCAUGCUUUGUAGCUGACAAUGAAAGUCAACAAAUAAGAAGUGUUUUGAAAAAUGUUUGAAAAAAUGGUUGUGUGUUACACUCCUCCCCUCCCCCCCCCUUUUUUUAACAAGUCUAAAUGUUUCAUGGAAAAAUGUGAAUGCACCAGAACUGCAAAUAUUUUGAUUCUGAAACAGUAUAUGGAUGCUUCAGGAGAACUGGAAAUCAAAACUGUUCCCUGCAGGCUGGGUUCUGUAGAUGCAUUUCUAUCUCCCAUCAGACAUUUAGCUCCUUUGAUGCUCUCCCUCACCAUGACACAUUCAGCUCAGCUGAAGACAUGAGACCAGGCAGCACCCAAACAGUAAGUCCUGUGAAGCGUCACGGCAACAUUUGAGAAUAGGAAGUUGCUCAGUUUUGAUUUUUCACCCCAGAGCUAAUGUUGCCAACAGAUGAAAGUACUUUAGGGGUGAGUGAAGGCUGGGUGUCCUCACAGACAACACCUAGCCACUGCUUUAUUGAUCUUCCUUCCCUGUGGUGCUGCUUGAUUGUACCCUGUUCCUCCAAGCAGUGUGAUGUAGGCUGUGGGGCAUUCUUUCUGGCAAUAGAUCCCAGAAAAUGGUUAAAUUAAUGCCAAUUAUCUCAGAGCUGUCUUAAUCUUUUCCACUAGCAAUGCACAAGCUAAAUGUCUUUGCUGAAGAAUGCCUCUCUGAGUCCCCAUUACCAGAUUGCCAUGUUUUGCAUCAAGGCGAAUGUCUAGACCUGUGUAAAGCUUGUUAGAGCAGUCAGCUUUAAGGAGGCCGAAUCAUUCCUAUAGCUGGAAUUUAACAAAGGAAAUUUAAUACUUUUCCUCCUGGAAGCAGGUGCCAUAGGAUUUAUAUGAACCAUUAAGUAUUUAGGACCAGUCUUUUAUCUUGCCAGAAAUUUGUAAUCUUGCAGAAGUCCUACUUUAGAUUUAGAAAGCUGCCAGUUCUUUUGUUGUUUGCACACAGCAAGAGGGAUCCCAGAGUUUUCUGUGCAAGCGUGAAUGCUGGGUAAUGACUGCUUUUCCAAAUAUCUUCUUGGUCUUUUUUGUUAUUAUCCGUGUCAGAAAUUAUAUUUCUUAUUUUUCUGUGAUGUUACCAUUCCUUGCGAUGGCCUUGUCAUAUCUCCUAGGGCUCUCUGCUUGGCUUCAGAUUAUUUUUUCCUAAGGUACAAAUGUAAAAGAUCUGUUAUUGCACUCUCUUGGACUGUAAAAAAAAAUAAUUGACACAUUCCAACAGCUGCCCCUGUAACAGUGUGAGUCCUGACUGAGAUGGGAGACUUCGCCACUUGCUUUAAGUGGCCAGGGUCUUCAGGUAAGGUCUCUGGGAGAAAAAUGGAAGGGCUGUUGGAGGACGUGCAUUUUUCUGCUCUCUUUAGAUGCAGUCCUCGACCCGCAGCGCUACGCCAUGAGCUUCCUACUUCAGGUCCCCAUGCGGCCUCAUACCAUGAGGCUGUGAGCUGGCUAAGAAGGUGCUCAGCAGCAGUGCAGGUGCAGCUGGUGGCACCUGCUCUGCUCUUACCCAGGCACUCCACAAAUCUGUCCAAGUAUGGUACUUCAGUGUCUUUUGAGCGGAUGUAUGAAUUCUCCCAACUUGACUGUAAAAGUGAAUCCCUUAGUGAGUUGCUUUUUAUUUCAAAAGGAAAUAAAUUCCAUCUAGAUAAUGCUGGUUUUCUUGCUUGGUUUUAGUCUUUUGGAAAGUACAAAUCCUUCUUAUCCCUUCUGGUGUUUUCUUUAAGGUAUUCACAACUGGGAGCUGCCAUUGCCUUUCCUGCCACAAUUUGUUUUCAUUUCAUUUUUAGGCUUCUGAUGGCUUUGUGUCUGGGGUCGAAGAGUGAAUUCCUACUGGUAUUUUUCCUUUUUAAGAGCUGUUUCUCACAAGGGGAGCUCCGGUCACAUCCUUUCAAUUCAAGAGGAGUAUUGGAGGCACCUCCUUGUAUAUACAUCAUUUAUUACCAUGAUGGAGGCUUUCAUGCUGCGCUGGUGCAAUGGGAUUGGAAAAUAAUAAUAAAUUCUAGUAUUACUGGUCAGAAAAGGGAGGGUGCACAUACAUAGCAGCCCUGUGAUCAGAAAAGCCUCUUCAUCUUAGGAAAGCAGGCUGAUAAAUGGCUGAUGCCCAACCCUCUAAUGCCAUGAUUGCUUUUUAGGAGAAAAAUACAGGAAUAUGGAAGAGAAGUGUUUGCAAGCCUUUGGCAUACCCAGUGCUUUUUUCAUUCUGACCCUGUUCUUUCCCUUUUACCUUCGCUUUUUUUAAGUGAAGUGCCUUUGACUGGCUUGGACCAUCUUUUAUUUCUUCUCUGGGACAGAAUUUCCACUCCGUGCUUUAUCAGUCACUACUUCAUCUCACUGCAUUUUCUGAAAUGCCCUAAGCUUUUCUGUGUGUGAUGGAUGUAGUUUUCAGCUGGUCCAUGGGAAUGUCUUUUGCAUUCUGCCUUGCUCCACCUGCCCUUACCUCAGCAAGGAUUUGUGAGGCUUAGUUACUGUUUAAGAGUUGCUCAGAGAGUGCUGGGCAGCAUCUGUCUCACCCUGGGAAAGGUUCUGUGCUAUGAUAUGGCUGCCUGACAAGCAGUAGUGAGCAAUGAAGGGUGCCAGCACUUGGCUGCUGUUAGAAUAUUUUCAGUAAACACCCAUUAUCACCAGGAAUUGAGCUUUAGCUGAGUCCCUGCUAGCACGUUGGUAGUUGCACUGCAAGAUUCAGUAAUUCCAAAGGGCAGUGCCAGAGUUAAACACGAUCCAGUGCUAACCAUUCUUAGAUUACUUCUCUUGUGUGUGCUUUAAUACUUUACAGUAGAAAUAAUGAAAGCUGAGACUAUUCGUUGUUGAAACGAGAGCUUCCUCUUUCAGCUCUGCAUAUGUUGGAGGUUGCCUCCUUGUGGGCUUGCCUAAGGUACAAAGCCACUGCUUCUUUCUGCACAGAUCUGUAGUGUUGGUCAACACUUUGGGCUGAAUCUUCACUCCCAUCUUCUGCUAGCACCGCACAUUUUUUCAGUCCCUAGAAAACGUCCUUCUGGUGGAAGUCAUUUUUUCCCUGACCCUUCCACAGGUCAUGAGCAACGUGCUUGAGGUAGGAAGUCGAGGGGUCAAAAGACAAGCUCUCGCCAAAGAAAAACGUCACAUUUUCAGGAAUUUUGACUGGGCUAUGGCAGCUUACAGUCACUUCCAGACGUGCUUGUAAUGGCUGAUCCUGUGACUGAUGGAACAGCACAGAAUUAGGCAGGUCACACAAAUUCUCUGCCUGUGCUUCCUUUUCUGUAAAUUAGCUUUACAGAUACUUACCAGUCUCUCACAGGCAAUGAUGUGGAGGAUAGUGUAAAGCACUCUUAAGAUAAAGCGCACUAAAUCUUGGAUAAUAAUAAAUUUAUCCAAAAUCGGAAAGAAAUCAAAUAAUUAAAGUAUUCAUCAUGAAGUCAGAGCUGCAUUGUGCUAAAAUGUGAACGACUGCCUGACAGGAGAUCCAUUUGCUGGGCUAACUCAUGGGAAGAGUGGGAGCUGGAGUCAGAUCAAGUUGCUCUGCUUUGUCUUCCUCCUUCCAUCUCCAUCCAGGAUGCCAUGAAAGCCCACAUUUAGGUAAAACAACAGGCCUCUCCAUGGAUUUAACACCUAAAUUAAGAGCCUUGUCAACUUAGUUUUUAUCUAGCUUCAAUGGAAGAGCUUUUCAGCUAACAAGACAAGUGAUCUCGGUGGCGGUUUGGGAGAAAAGGUGGAGAAAAAGAAGAUCUUGAGGAUUGGAGGCAGAGCAUCACAAAGGAUAGGGCAGUUAAAAGUUCAAAGAAGCUAUGGCACUGAAGGAAGCAUCUUUUCCUUGGCAUUUUGAUAUGGAUGGCAACAGAAAAGACUGCAGGCAUUUGUUCAGCAUGUAUUAGAGACGAUGCACAUCCCUGCCCCCUGACUGGCGAGGCUUUGCAAGGGGAGGCAGAGGCUGAGUGCUGAUAUUUCCGAAGCACACUGUCACUGAGCAACAGCUACACGUACAGCAGAGCAGCGUGGGGCUCUGAUAAGCUGCUCCUGGCUGCUCGCCGUGACCACAGAGAAAUGACAGCACAGCUCUGGAUCAGGGAUUGACCCACAUUCCUCCCCGCACAGUAGCUGAGACAAAUUCUCUUCAGAUAAAUGCAUGGUAGCCAUUAUUCUCUGAGGACAAAGACGAGCUUGUUGUUAUCUACAUGAGCGUAUUGAUGAAAGCCGUGCUCACUUGCUGCGCCUGUUUCAGGGAGGAAGGAAACGGAUAGGGCAAAUGCUCUUAAACUUUUUCCAAACAUUAGGCAAUGCAUCGAGACAAUUGCCCCUGGAAUACUUGCACAAAAAGUGAUCAAGAGCUUUAUAGGACUCCCAUAGCUUUCUGUCUUUGCAUCUGAAGCAUCAUCCUAGGAAGUUAAUUUCACAGCUCUAGCAGUGAAUAUGCGCAGAAAAAAGGAAAAGGAUGAUUUCUUGAAUCUCAUGAAGAAUCAUCAGGUGGGCUAGGAGCAGACCUCGAAUCCCAAAGAGCUGUUGGUAGCUAGCAAACUUCACCCCCCUAAAGAAGUUAACAUCUGAGGGUUUAUAAAUACAUUUGAGUAUUGAUACCAUGAUCACUCAUCUUUUAGGGAGGAUGAAAGACAAGAAAUGUAGGAGUAGGAGGGUUAUCUUCUCUCUAGGGUGGAUUCUUUAAUAUAGAAAGGAAAAGCUUUUUCAUUCAAGAGUUCACAGCAUGGUCCUUAAGGGCCUGAUUCUAUCUCAGUGUCAGCAGACAUAUCAUCCUCAUCACCUGUGAAAUCUCAUUUGGAUUUAACCACUGAUCUUAGCGGCAGCAGGAGGUGAUGGCUCUGAACGUUUGAGCAGGCCAGCUGCUCUGACUCAGUGUCCCACCCAACAGACUUUUUGCAGCCAAGGCUGCUAGUUCCCACAAGGCCACAGAUGCUGUUUGCAAGGCAAGCAGGCAUACCAACAAGAACCAGCACGAGGCAAUGAAUUUUGAGCCAACCCUGUUGUAAUGCAAAGUUAACGGUGUGGUUUAAAGCCACAGCGACCGAGAAAUUCAGUGUUAGAUGUUCCUUAAGGUGGCUUUCACUUGGUCCUUCUGAUAACAACACUGAGAAAAACAAUCAGCUUCUUUGCAGACAUGUAUUUAGUAACCGAGGUUAAACUGUGUGUGGUGUGUUGGUACAACUUGAUUUCUGUUACACAUUGCACAAAGAAAUUGAGAAGGGAAAUCUUUUCUUAAGGAAACUGUUUGCACAUGGCCUGAAACCCCUGCUGUACAUUCCCAUAGAAGAAAAAAAAUGUGCUUAACCAUAAAAAUACCCCAAGUAUUAACUGGUACAGAUGGCAGCUUUUUAAGAACCCAAAGGAAUGCCACAAAAUACACGAGCCAGGGCCUUUGCUAGCGUGCAUUAACGUAAUUUCAUGAGCUUUCAGUGGCCUAUGGACUUCUGAUGGGGAUGAUACCUCCCCAGCAGCAAAGGGGUUUGAGUUGGUCCUCUUAAGAAGAUAAUGUUCUUGAAAGUGCCCAAUAAAGGGACAUUUUUAAUACUUGCUGGCUACAGCUAGAGGCAUUUUAUGUGCUCACAGUACUCUCAUGAAUUUCUGCCUCACACAAGAAAAAUGUGUUUUCUAGAUGGUCAGUGCUGAUGCAGAAUCAAGGCUUCCUGAUAUUCGGAUCAGUUUUCCAUCUCUGUGUCCCUCUUGCAGGGUCUGCUGCAGUCUUUAAAAUCUGCAGAGACCCCAGCAGGACCAGGCUUCUAUAGCACAUGGAUUAAACUUAAAGAUAUUCUAGCUCCACGUGAGGACAUAGAUGGUCUCACAUCCUGUUAUUGAGGGGACAAAGACAAAGAUUCAACUUCAGAGGAGGAGCUGGGCCGAAAAAAAACAAACAACCCUAUGUGAAGGCAAUACCUUAGUCACAUUUUGCACUUAAUAACUCAAAAACUUGUGACCAACCUAGCCCUUACUGCCUCCUUGGUCUGCCCCACAAUGCAUGUUCUGUUGGCCUUGCUUUCCUGAGCACCAAUGUAGAGGUAAUGUUUGCCAUUCCUCAAUAUUCCAGUCUUUGAAGAAUGUAGUCUUAUUUAGGCUUAAAUCUGUUGCUAUCCUGGCUGCACUUCUGUAAGGUCAUGCACAAAGCGUGUGCUGUGCAGGAUGAAGACUGUGAGUAGCAGUACAAAUAACCGUGUGUACCUCUGCUAAGGGGAGAUGUGCCUCGUUUUCAAAGCAAAGAGGAAUUGCUGCUUCUUUGUGGUAAACUGAGACUGACUCACUCACACUUGGGGAGGAGGAAGGUUUGGAUUAGCCCUCUAGAUUCAGGGACAGCAGGACCACCGCUAAGACACGAGGUGCCUCCUUCUGCCGCAGAGGUACGCGAUCUGCCUUACUACCCUUACAGGUGCCUUGUUUGGGUUUUUAUUGAAACUAUGCACCAAAGGCAAGAGACUCUGUUGUCCCUGCAGACAGGAGGGAGAACAAGAUGUCCUGAUGUGAGACGAAAGCCUAGUCUGUAAGACAGGGAAAGUGGGUUUCUUUUAUCCUCUAAGUUUUCUGUCAGCAGUCCUGCCUCUGAUGUGCAUAUGUAUGUGUGUGCUUUUAUUUCUACAUGAACACAAAUCGCUCUAAUUAGAAGGGAGGAUCCUUGUAUUUUUAUAUGCUAAGCCAUUUGAUUAAUUACUUUAAUAAAGUGACACACGGAUGAACUCUGAAAUUCACUGCCAUCUGCUCCAGUACAAUCCAAAUUGACAGAUACAAAGGUACCUGCCUUCAGAUAAAACCUCGUGCUGAAUGCACGUAGAGCAACCACUCCAUUCAAUGAGUACGUGUGCCAUGUGGGUGUGUUGAUGCUUGUGAACUUCUCUAACUGUUCCUGUUCUAAAGCAGUGGGUUUGAUCCACGUGACUCUGUAUCAGCCUUUUUAUUAUCUACCGAGAACAGAUGGAUAUGCAAAAAGGACCAUAUUGCUGUGUCUGGGGGGUGUGACCCUGGGGGAGAUAUUACAGAUGUUUACUGUGUAGGGCUCUCCUCGGUGUUAAAAUUCUCCCUGCCUGCCUGGGGAGAAGACGGUCCUGUGGUUCAGGUUGAGAUGGUUUGCUGCAUUAGAAGGGUGACACAAUAGGAUGCUCUCUCUUUUUCCCUUCUGUCAUGGAAAUGUAUAUUUGUUCUCUCUUUGUGUAGCUUCUCAAUCUGAAAUAAAAAUCACCCCAAAUAGAA